AUGAACACUACUACUACUACUACUGCCGCCACCGCCACCCACAACACCUAUUACAUGUUGGAUGAUGAUGAAACCUUGCUGAUUCCAAGGACACCUCCUCCCCCGUAUUCAAAGCGCGCGGCUACAUUGCAUGCAAAACCCACAUUCUGGAGUCCUCGCACGCCCCCACAACAAGACGGCUGGCUGACAAUGAGGGGUACCCGACUUGUAAAAUCCAUUGCAAGACAAGCCGCCUCCCGCCAUACAACGAGUAGCACGACUGAAUACAAUGCUACGAGAACUACUGCACCCAUGGAUACGGAGCAUAUUGCGGGGACCAUUACUAUGGCUACGCGAACGACUACCACUACGGCACCCUCCUCGCAACAGCGACGAAGAGAUUUUAGCAUACUUACACCGCGGCUAGGCCAUGUUACGCAUCAUCAUCAUCAUCGCGAUAAUAGCAAGUGUACGAUCAUGUAAUAUUAGUAGUAAAUGAUAUUAUGUGUUGUUAAUAAACG